AUGCUGCCUGCCGUGGUGAAGCUCUGCUGUGGAAUCUCCUACCCUCACCUCAGGACCAUGGCAGGACUGCAACGGCUAGCUAUCGCAGCGAUUGGCCAGGAGCUAGCUCACAUGCAGAGGAAUGGGCAGAGCCAACUACCAGCAUGGACCAGCCAUAUGGGUUGGCAGACUGAGAGCUCCAGAAGAGAGGUAGUCCACCCAGUCCCGUUGAAAGAGGAGGAGCUGCUGUACAUAAGGAGUGGGCACGAGGCGCUGACCAAGGCUCUGGACAUUGUUGACGAUAAGAAUGGAUGGAAAACAGAACUCACAGAGGAGAAUGGGGAUGUGAUCUACAGUAAAGUGCUGUCUGGGGACAGGAAGGUCUUCAGACUGGAGACUGUGUUAGACGCCACGCCAGAAGAGAUACAUCACAUCCUGUGGAAGGUGGAGGAGAUGCACCAGUGGAACCCAAGCAUCAAAAACAUCAAGGUUCUGAAGCAAGCUGGCCCGGAAACCAUGGUUACGCACGAGGUGUCAGCAGAGACAGCCGGCAACCUGAUAGGCCAGAGAGACUUCCUGAGUGUGAGACACUUCUCCAGACAGGAGUCAUGUAUCUAUCUGGGGGGAGCAGCCACGCACCUGGAGACCUUCCCUCCUCAGAAAGGCUUCGUCAGAGCGGAGGACGGACCAACGUGUAUUAUCAUCGAGCCCCUGGCAGACGACACAGGCAGGAGCCACUUUACGUGGCUCCUCAACAUGGAUGUCAAGGGCUGGCUGCCAAAGUCAAUCGUCAAUCAAGCUUUGCCGCGAGCGCAGGUGGAUUUCACCCGGCGUCUGCGCACACGGCUGUCCGAGGGACCGACUCAGCGACACACACAUCACCAUGCUCCCACAGUGUCUGGAGCCGGACAAACACC